GGAAAGAUGGUGAUGAAUGUGACACUCAAAUCAGAUGCCAAAUAUAUUGACUCUGAGGUGCUGGCCUGGCUCAAUCGCAUUUUGUAGUCUGGAUUCAAUACUGUGGAGCAAACAUGCUCAGGUACUGCCUACUGCCAGUUAAUGGACCUGCUUAACCCUGGCUGUAUUGACUUGCGAAAUGUAAAGUUCAAAGUCGAGGAUGAAAUAGAUAUGAGGAACAAUUACAAGCUACUUGAAGGUGCCUUCAUCAAGACUUCUAUCAAUAAACAGGUCCAGACGGAAUUAUUGAAAAUGCUGACAGAAAAGUGGAGGGGAAGUUCCAGAGUCUUUUUACUCCAGCCAGGGCGUGCUGUGUCUUGUCAGGAAAUACUGUCCGUCUGUCUCAGCCAGCACAGACUCAUCUAUUGCGUGCAGUGGCUGCUGAUCGUGUCUGUGUGCUUGAAGAGACUGUCUCUGGACCUGAAGAAUAACCGGUUGGACCUACAGGAUGAAAACAUGAAUGAAAAGAUUUCAUAUCCAAAAUCAAAACAUUGUUCCUUACAGAAUGAAAAGAACUCUCUAUCUGCCUGUCAGCCAACUCCCAGAAAACAGACAUGUUUCCCCAAGAAUAAAGAUCAAAACAAAGACCAAAGCUCAGUUGAUCAGGGAAAGCAAGACUACAACAGGUAUCAAAUGGUGCAUGAGGUUUUGGUCAAAGGAAAGAAUAUUGAAGAUUUCUGCUUAUCGUGUGACGAGAUCUUCCAUCCACUGUUUGAAGGGAGUCUGUGCUUGAAAUGCAAGGAUGAUUUCACAGAGACAUUGUAUCGAUAUGAUGAUGAUGGAUAUCAGUCAUACUGCACCGUAUACUGUGCUGGGCUCGAAGUCAUUCUGUGUGGACAUGACAGCUGUGUACUUGUUUUGUCUCCUGUGUGUUGCUCCUACUGUGUAGACUGUUUGGAUGUCCUGAUUGGUAAAGGCACAUUUAAUCAACUAAAAGAUGUGGACCCAUGGAUCUGUUACCUGUGUGCACCAGAGAGAAGCUCCGGGGCUUUGAGACCCAGGCAUGAUUGGAGUAUCCGUGUCCAGGAAUUCUUUGCCAACAACAGCAUCACGGAAUUUGAGCCACAUCGAGUUUACCCAUCAAUUCCUGCCAACCUGAGACGUCCAAUCAGAGUCCUCUCCUUAUUCGAUGGUAUAGGUACAGGUUACCUGGUACUGAAGGAGCUGGGCAUUAAAGUGGAAAAAUAUGUUGCAUCAGAAAUAGAUGAGGAGUCCGUCACUGUUACGAUGGUGAACCACGACGGAAAAAUCACCCACGUUGACGAUGUCCGUAGAAUUACUAAGAAGCAUAUUGAGAAAUGGGGACCAUUUGACCUCUUUAUUGGUGGCAGCCCAUGUAACGACUUGGCCACAGUGAAUCCAGCACGGAGAGGAUUGUUUGGUAUGUGUAAUCCGGUGCUUAUCGAUGCUGUUAACGUGAGCCCAGCUCACAGAGCACGGUAUUUCUGGGGGAAUCUGCCAGGCAUGAACAGACCAAUCAUUGCCUCUCAAAAAGACAAACUGACCCUCCAGGAAUGCCUCGAUAAAGGCCGCUCCGCUAAGUACGUCAAAGUGCGGACUACCACCACACGCCCAUACGCCCUCAAGCAGGAAAACAUUGACCAUCAUUUCCCUGUCUCCUGGAAUGGAAAGGAUGACAGUUUAUGGAUCACCGAAGUGGAGAAGAUUUUUGGAUUUCCAAAGCAUUACACGGAUGUGAAGAACAUGGGUCGCAUGCAGAGGCACAAGUUGUUGGGGAAAUCCUGGAGUGUCCCGGUGAUCAGGCAUCUCUUUGCUCCACUGAAGGAUUACUUCGCCUGUGAUGAAGUCCCCCUAAAUUGAGGAGGGUUUUUAAAAAAAAAAAAAAAAAAGACCUACUCUCUCUCUUAACAGAGAUUUAUUCUCAGGAAUAUUUCAAGUAAUUUUGCUUACUUUUUAAUUUAUUUAUUUAUUUACAAAAUUUUAUUUUACUGAAUGUCUAUUCAUUUGCUUACUUUCUUGUUUUUUAUAUUCCUGUUCACACAUUUGAAGUCAAAAUUUAUUGACUAUAUUUAAAAGUAUUAUACUUGUACUUAUUUUAGGUACAUGAUGUAGAGUAAAAUGGUGCCAAAAAGCCUUAUGCUUGCAAAUUGCCUGUAGGUCAUAAAUCGCUCCUGGCUCAUUCAAUCUUCCUUUUCCCUGUCUCUAUGUACAGGUUUUAAUCACAGGUUGUCCAGUGGGAUUUAUUGUAGGAAGCCAUAAGUUGUUUUACCUUUGGCGCAGCAAGAUGACACUAUAGGCCUUCACACAUUCUAAUUUGAAAUGAGUCUCGUUAUUGUUUGUUGUAUCCAAUGAUAAUCAGUGAACAAAUAGUCAUAUGAGGAAUUUGUUUUGUAUCAUUUAUGCAAUAAACAUGAAACAUGCA